GUCGAUCCUUCAGAAGUAUCAAUUGCGAUGAAAUGUUCACCGAUUCUUCCAAGUGCAGGCUUGUCGACGAUUGUUUGUUCGAAGUCGAAUGUCGGCACAUCUCCAGAAAACAAGGAGAUAUUCAGUUAGAUGGAGCAAAUCCAUCCGCUGAAGAAGUUGAUGAGGGAACAGAUGAAUAUGUAGAAAGUGGAUUAGAUUUGGUGCUCAAUCAAAGACUUGUAGAAACUGGAUUCUCCAAAAAUGAUUAUAAAAAUUAUCUGAAAAGUUACACCAAAAUGCUUCAAGAUAAAUGGAAAGAAGUUGGAAAAACUGAUGAUGAAAUCAAUCAUGCUAAAGCCAAAAUUACAGAAGCGGUGAAAAAAAUUUUACCAAAAUUGAGCGAGGUCCAGUUCUUCUUAGGUGAAAGUUCCAAUCCUGAUGGUAUGGUAGCUAUCUUGGAGUAUCGGGAUGAUGGAAAUGGUGAGAAGCCCUUCAUGAUGUUUUUCCAUUGUUUUAUUGAAUCUGUUGUCUGCAAUGGGGAAUAGAAUGUACCCCAGAUG